CGGUUGCCCCUUUUAUUUCCGUCUUGGAACCUGAAAAGCAAAACAAAGAAAAUAAUCAGACUUAAUAUAUUUUAGGCGUGUAACAUUUAUUUGGAUAGCGUCGCUCACAUUUGCAACGAGACAUCUUGCUUUGAGGAUGCUACUUCUUCAGACGAGAUAAAUCACUUUAGAAUUUAGAGCAUGUUAAAAAAGAAUUAGGUAUUUUAGUUAUAGUCUUGUUUGAAAAAUGCUAUUGAUAGUUUUCAUUUAUAACAAAAUGUCGCUUAAAUGCCAUUUUCUGGAUUCGGUUCCAUUUCGAUUUUCCAAUCGACGCUACAAUUUCAUGUGUUCGUACGGGUAUCGAUUGAAAUUGUCAUAAUUUUGCUAUUCAUAAGAAAAACAACAAAGAAACAAAAAAGAAAGCAGGAAGUGCGUGACACAUACGUUCUUUCGUCGUUAUCUGAGAAGAACGAAAAGGAAAUCAGUAUGCGUUAACGUUGCUCUCCACGGAUCAUUUAAAAUGCAUUAGUUUCGUUAGAUAAACGUGAAAAAAAAUAAACGGAUUACUUGAAAUCUGGAGCUAAUAGAAGAAGAUGUUGCCGCUCGACUUAGUCGAGAAAGGACGGAGGACUUAACAAGUCGUGACACGGACGACGAUAAAUGUUCGCUGAUAACUGGAACCAGCGUGUCCCUACAAGACAGUACAGGAAGCACGAUCACAAGCUUGGCAAGGUCGAGCUAUGAGCGUAAUUUCGAGGAUCGUGUGUUAUACGGGCAAAGCGGGGGUCGCAGAUUUAGCUAUAAAAAAAGAAAGACUUGCAGCGGAAAUGGAAUAUUUAGUGCUCCCCCCGGAGUCAGUCCCCAUCACGUUAAAUCGUCGAUAAUACGUCGCAAUACAAACGGAUCUCAAUUGAUUUUUAUUUGGCCACAAAAACCACCCAGAAGUAGACUGCUAAGGGUCCUAGCUCCUCUUAUGCGAGGUAUCCUUAUUGGAUUCCUGCUCAUGGAUGCUGUUCACCUUUGGCCAGGAGAAUUCUUACCCACAUCAUUGCCGUCUAUAAUGCCCGUUCCUUUACCUCGUGUCAAGUGUAACGUAAUCGAACCACGUUGGUUCGAUAACAGUUAAAUUUCAUCCAAAAGAAAAUUUUUUCAAAGUUGACGGACUUUCGACGAUAGAGAACAAAAUUAUAAAAAUGAGUUAUACGAUGUAAAAAAAUUGUAAUAAAUGUAAAAGAAAUAUUUCUUCGAAAGAUCAGGAGUCGUAUAAAUAGUUACAAAGUAUAUCUGUAGUUUAGGAGCUGUAUAUUUUCAUUUAGACAAUUUAUUUUACGAGCAUACCAUUGAUAUAAUCUUACCGGAAGAGGAAAAUUCGGGUAGUUCUAAUAAGCAUGCGUUCCCCCAUACCGUCCAUGCGGCUGUCUGUAAACAUCAAGUAGCGUGGCGUGCGAUAGUGUGGAUGAUUUAGGGAAGAUUUCUUUGUAUUCUCAUCCGAAAAAAUGUCAAAUAGUCACAUAUUCUUGAAGUAUGGAUACCCACAUGCACCCUUUGGCCUGGGCAUUGGUCGCUACGUCUGUCAGCUUCAAAGAGUAACUUUAAAGUUCUGCAAAAAUCACGGUGGCAGUCUUGGAAUUAGGAAGUUUGUAGAAAACAAUUUAAUUGAUUAUGCAAAGGAUAAUCCUGGUGUUGUGGUAUAUAUUAAACCAAGAAGACACAGAAAUCCAGUUAUAAAGGCAGAAUACUUGAAUGGUGAGUCACACUGGAUGUGUGUUGCUAAUUAUACUCGUGAGGAUAUUGUACAAUAUAUGGAAUUAUUGAGAACACAGUAUCAUGAUGGUACAUCGCUUCGAUUGAUUAAAUUAUGGCGUACAGACUUUCCUUCUAUUCAAGGACCUUGGACACCUUUUACAUUCAAGGAUCCAUCUUUGAACCUUGCAAAAUUCCCAGAUCAAAAACUUGGUGAAUAUAUGAAGGAAUAUCCUACAGCAACAGAAGAAUUAAUUAGAUUAUUUAAAGAACAACAAGAAGUUGAAAAGUUGAAAGAAGAAGAUAAAACUCAACAAAGCACUGGCUAAAUACAAAUUGUUACUAAUCUUAAUAUUUUGUUAUAUAUAAAUAAAUAGUACGUAUUUGCGAUUAGAUAUCUUGGAAUUCUGAAUCAAUAGAACCUUUUGUAAGUAACAUUCAUUUCUUUUAUUAUUUUGCAUGUUAUAUUACAAAAGAACCUAAUAAAUAAAUAUAUCUAAUAUUAAA